CAAUAAAAAAAGGACCCAAAAUUCCCUUCGAGGAGGCCAAUACAUGCCCUUCUACAACACAGGGAAGCCCAGUCACAAUCAGCAGAUGGGUUGCUCCGCAUCUCGCUCCGGUAGUCAUGACUUCAUCAGUCCUCAGAAUUCGCAUCCCGGCUCCCACUCUACUCCCGUCCCGCGGUCGCUCUCCCUUCCUUCCCGACCGGCGGUUCACCACCCGGCCCUAACCAAUGGGGAUAGCACCCAUUUGGUUGUGCUAACCUCCACCACCUACGGAUCACUCCUCUUAAUCGACCGCCCCGAAAUCCCCAACCCUGAUUUCGGCUGUGCCCGUGUGAGUACCGAACCCAUUUCCCCCCACUCGGUCGUCAACACGUGGGAGCUCAUGGAAGGCCUGGAGGACAACGAAAACUCCGGUUCCGAUUCUGCCCAUUCCCCAAAAGUUUCUCCGGAGCACUCACCCAAGGGCAGGGAGGGCAGGAUUGUUGUGUACUAUACGAGCCUGAGAGGGAUUAGGAAGACGUACGAAGACUGCUGCGACGUGCGAAUGAUCUUUAGGGGAUUUCGGGUGUGCGUGGACGAAAGGGAUAUAUCCAUGGACUCGUCCUACAGGGAAGAGUUGCAGGGUGCGUUGGGUAGGGUGAGCUUGCCGCAGGUGUUCAUAAGGGGAAGGCACAUUGGGGGCGCGGACGAGAUUAAGGGACUGAAUGAAGCCCGGGAGUUGGAACACCUUCUCAAGGGGUUUCCUGUGAAGCAAGAGGGGACUUUGUGGUGCAGAAGCUGUGGGGACACGAGAUUCUUGCCGUGCCCGAGCUGCAGGGGGAGCAGGAAGGUGUUCGCGGAGGAGGAAAUGAGGCUGAGGAGGUGCCAUGAUUGUAACGAGAAUGGAUUGGUUCGGUGCCCCGGCUGCCUCCCCUAGUGUUUUUUUUAGGGAAAACAAAUUAAAGGCUUUGGAAUGCUUGGUUAAUCAAUAGCAUCUUAGUUAUUAUCAUCUUCACAAAUAGAAUGUGAUUGAAAGAAAUGCUAGCUAGAUCU